CUGUUUCCACUCUCGCGAGGCUUUCAUACCGGAAGCGAUGACGGCGAAGGUCAAGAAUUAAACAUGGCGCUCCGCGGUGCAUUGAGGUCUGUGUACACCUCGUUUGCGGGGUUAAAAUUAGGAAGUGCAGCCUCUCAAGUGGGAGUUUUCCAGACGGUAAAUGUCCCUCGGCUGUCGGCCAUCACCGUCCCGAGCAGAGGGAUCCGCCAGGUGGUAGAGAAGCAGGAGGGUAAAACAACGAUGAUCGAAGGACAGAUCGUGGAUGUUCCAGUGGGACCACAGCCUCCAAACCCCACAGCCAAAUGUCCUAUCUACAGAUGGAACCUACAGCACAAAUACAACUACACUGACGUAUUGUUGCUCAGUCAGUUCAUCAGGUCAGAUGGAGGGAUGUUGCCCAGGAGAAUCACUGGUCUCUGUCCACAGGAACAUCGCAAGAUUACCAUUUGUGUGCAGAUGGCUCACAGAGCAGGUCUACUACCUGACCACAAACCCAAACUUCCUGAAGGCCAUGUUCCAAAGAGGCCCAAGCCACAACUUAACAGAUAUUUGACUCGUUGGUCCAUUAACUCUGUGAAACCCAUCUAUAAAAAAGGACUGAAGUGGUGUAAGAAGCGAAUGCUUGUUGGCCACCCAGCACUCAAGGACAAUGUGCAUUAUGGUGUCAAGCCUCUUUACAUGAAACACUGAAGGACAAAAAGCCUGACGAAUCAGCACAGCAGCUGUCGGAAGAGUAGGUGGGCCAAUUACGCAUGGAUGCUGCGGAUUUUCACGUCUGACUUUUGCGAUAGUGCCCUGGGAAAAGGCCUAAACGCGUCAUCCAUCUGUUAAUCUACCUUUUGUUUAUAAAACUGUGUCACACUUCUCAGACCCAUCAGACUCAUCCAUUUCUCUCUGUGGGUUUUCAAAAAGCCUUGAAGUGAACUCACUCACUGACAACUUAAUGUGAACAACAACUGGGUCAGUGUUACACUUUCAAAGUAGGUGGUAUGUUGACUGUGUAAACUCAAGGAAACACAGAUGUGCAAAUAAAAUGUCUGUUUAUUCUA